AUGUCGAAACUACUGUGGCUUACAGAAUGUUCAAAUCCUACAUAUAGACCAGACAUCGAUGGUUUGCGAGGUGUUGCCAUUCUAGCCGUACUCGCAUUUCAUGUCUUCCCGAAAUGCUUACCUGGUGGUUACGUCGGUGUGGACAUCUUUUUUGUCGUGUCUGGUUUUCUUCAAUUCUAUUGUCGUCGCAUCAGAAGACUUUACCCAUCAUUAAUCUUGGUGCUGAUUGCUUGCUACGCAGCCGGUUGGUAUUCCUUAUGUCCUUCGGAGUUUGGAAACUUGAACGCGUAUAUUUUUGCUGGUGCAUUCUUCUUCGCGAACUUUCUGGCAAACAAAGACACUCAAUACUUUAGUGCACAAUCCGAUACUAAGCCUCUUCUGCAUCUCUGGUCAUUAGGCAUCGAAGAGCAAUUCUAUAUAAUUUGGCCAGUGAUAGUCUAUAUUGCAAGAAAGAUGAAAUUAAACGUACAAUUAUUGACAAUCGCCCUAGCACUGAUUUCGUUCACUAUUAACAUCAAGCAAAUUAGAAUAGAUAUAGUUCAAAAUUUCUUCUGGCCGACGAGUCGCUUUUGGGAAUUGCUGAUUGGGGCGCAGCUCUCCUUUGUAUCAAAGUCUUUCGAUAGUUAUUGCUCUAGCAAUAACAGAGCUAUUGCGUGUAACAUAAUAUCGAUCGCAGGAAUUCUUCUCACUUUUUUACCUAUGUACCUGAUCGGAAAAAAAUCAGCGUUUCCCGGAUGGUGGGCAUUGGCUCCAACAACAGGGACAGCAUUUCUCAUAUUAGGUGGACCAGCAUGCUGGAUUAAUCAAAAGAUCAUUUCAACACACGUAUUGGUAGCGAUCGGACUGAUUAGCUAUCCUCUAUAUCUGUGUCAUUGGCCGUUACUUGUCUCUGUACGCGUCUAUGCUGAACAAUCCAUAUCCACUGAUAAACUCAUCCUAGUGGUUGUGUUUAGCUUCGCUUUUGGGUGGCUCGUAUACUGGUUCGUUGAAAGAGCCUUUCGUACAGCACGUUUAUCGAAUUUAAACCAUCUUUAUUUAAUUGCAAUUAUGUCGGUGAUAGGUUUUGUCGCACUUCUGACUUAUCGUUAUGAUGGACUACCAAACCGAUUCUCUCCAUACGUAAGAAACGUGACUCGUUUCACUGAGAAUUAUUUUCUUCGACAUAUGACCGCCUACGGAGUACCUGGCUCCUUCAUUAGCCCCAGAAAAGGAAAGGAAAAGUUUCGUACCACUACGUUUAACAUAGAAAAACCUGCUUCGACGGCAGUAGUAUUGUGGGGCGAUUCACUUGCCGCUCAUCUCCGUCCAGGAAUACUGCACAAGAGAUUGAGUUUCGAUUUACACAACUGA